GCUAGUGCUAGUGCUACGCGGUUUGAAGAAACAACAUGGCGGAUAAAAUUGCCGAUCUCGCAAAUGAACACAGGUGAUAAACAUAACCAUCGCCUGGAUUAAUCGCGGUUUUGAACAACUGCUCGUCUUUCAAAAAUGGCCUCUAAGAAAGACGGUGAACAUGUGACAGCCCCUCUUUUGAAGAAGGGCCGGAGUUUAGAGCUGACAACGUUUAAUUCUAUGCCUUCAUUGCCGGCGCUUUCAUUUCUGCCAUCGAGAUCGUCCAAACACAACCUAUUGCAUCUGGAUCGUGAAAGUACAGAAAACGCCACCGUUACACUGCUACAGGCUGCUCGGGAUGGUAAACUGGAACUGGUCCGUCGACGUCUGGAACUCCUUGGUCAUAAACAUAAAAAGAUCAACAAGAAGGAUUUGGAAAACAACACAGCUUUGCAUCAUGCAGUUCGCUACAACCAUUUGCAGAUAGUCAAGUUGCUAUUAGAAUAUGGUGCAGAUGUUGAAGCUAAAGGUGAGGACGAUGCUACUCCUUUGCAUUAUGCUGCAAGAUUUCGUCUAUCCGGACGGGCCAACAACCUCACCCCUAGAGCCACGCCCAAAGUCUCACCUCUCUCAUCCCCAACUGGAAGUAACGAAAACUUGGUUGAUGCUGCACAGAUGACAAAGAACGAAAAGAAGAUUUCAGAGAAGAAGAAGGAAGGGAGCUCAAGUCUGAGUCGGGCAACCAAGGAGAGACUGCUUGGCGGCCUUACUAAAAAGCCUCUAGGACAAAAGUCUCUAGGCAACAGACUGCUUGGGGAGAAAAGAGUUUCUGGGAUGAAGGAUGCAUCCCCAUCUGGCCCCUCCUCUGUCCCUGCCGAGCCGGCCCAGGAUUCCAUGAUCCACUUUCUGCUGUCCAAGGGAGCCAAAGUGAAUGCUAAGGACAGCUAUGGUUCCAGCCCCCUGCAUUAUGCGGUCGCAAGAGGGUCUCUACUAGCCGUGACUGAGUUGCUCACUCACCCUGACAUAGAUAUUGAGGCUAAGGACAAGACCCAGAUGACUCCCCUACACGUGGCGUGUAGCCAUGGGUGUAUACCAGUAGCCAAGUGCCUGGUAGAGGCUGGUGCGGACCUGCGCAGCCUGGAUGAAGAACAGAUGACGCCACUGCAUUUUGCCUGCAUGGAGGGCAACCUGGGUGUAGCUAAACUGCUGUUUGUUGCAGCCGAGUUGCGCGGUGGCUGGUCCACUGUCUCCAAGAUGGUGACAGACCAGGACCGAGAGGAACAGACGGCCCUCCACCUCGCAGUAGAGGGUGGUCAUGGAGAUCUGGCAAAACUCUGCCUGGAAAAAGGUGCCAAUGUGAACGCCGUCAAGGUGAACAUGAGCACACCACUGCAUCUGGCAGCGACAGGAGGCGACCUAAGCAUCAUUCAAAUGCUGAUGGAACACGACGCAAACAUAGAGGCCAAGAAUGCAAUUCAGGAGACCCCCCUACAUAGAGCGUCCCUCUUCAAUCGCCUAGACGUCGUUGACUUCCUCUUGAAAAACCGCGCGUGUAUCGAAUGCCGUGACAAAGACAAGGACACGCCCCUUAUGAUAGCAGCCGAGAAGAACCACGUUGAUACGGUUCGAACACUAUUACAGCACGGGGCGGAUAUCGCUGCCAAAGACAUCAAUGACAGGAACUCGGUGUUUCGUGCUGCUGCUGAAGGUUGCAUGGAGACUUUGGAGGUUUUGCUAAAGGUAAAAGUUGGUAAGACUCUUGUUGACCAGUACGACAAGCACGAGAACACACCGCUGCACUUUGCUGCACAAAAAGGCUUCGUCCGUAUCGCUACGCUUUUGCUUGACAAUGGUGCGUGUAUCGACAGCAAGAAUGACGAGGACAUUACUCCUAUCCACUACGCUGCUAAAUUCGGACGUGUCAGGACUGUGUGCGCCUUGCUGAAGCGAGACCCGGCCAUUAUUAAUGACGAGGACGGAGCAUCCAACACACCUCUGCACUUGGCAGCCCUACACGGGCAUGCAGCAGUAGUCAAGGAGCUUCUGUACAGGGGGGGCGCAAUUGACGCAAGGAACGCUACACUUUGGACACCGCUGGACUGUGCGGCGGCUCGUGGCAUGGUUGAGGUGGCAAACAUCCUCCUUGAUGAAGACGCGCCCGUGGAUCCCACUGACAAGGCAAAGACCACGCCCCUGCACCUGGCGUCACGUGAGGGCCACGUGGAGAUGGUCAAGCUGUUGCUGUCCAGGAAAGCUAACAUCACCUUGACUGACAGCGCAGGCAGAAAUUGCUUGGACAUCGCAAUAGAAAGCAGCCACAAGGAGGUCGCCGUUGCCAUUAUUGAUCACGUGGACUGGAAGCAAGCCAUGCGCAAUCGAUGUAAACUUGGAAAUGCCAUCACCUCCCCUAUGAGAAAGCUUAUCAAGAAAUUACCAGAGGUUGCGGAGAAGGUGUUCAAGCGUUGUGUCGAGACCAACGGUCUUCCUGUGGACCACCCCAAUUAUGGUAUCACGUUGAACUACGAGUUUCUAGAUGACGUCAACCUCGAGUGGGCGGCAAGUAGUACCCCGGAUGAAGAACACGAAGGCUUGGAUGCUGUGAUGGAGAAGAUCAAAUCGGCUCUCCCCGAGAAUGCAACCAAGCAGCUGGAGCUGAAGGCGAACCAUCCUCUCAUGCUGAUGGUGAACAAGGAGCGCGUCAAGCUACUCAGCCACCCACUCGUGACCUACCUCCUCCGCUACAAGUGGCAUCAAUUCGGCCGCUACGUCUAUUACAGCAAACUGGUCUUGUACAUGAUCUUCUUGUUCUUCCUGACGGGUUACGCCAUGGUUACCACCAAGGUCAUGCCCAGCGACAAGUGCAACCAGACGGAGUGUGAAUGUGUCGUCGACUUUGGCCUGAUUGUCACCGGAAGUGACGUGCUUUGGCGUCAGGUCGGACAGCCCAUUGUUAUGUUUAUCACGUGUUUGAGUUUGUUUCUUGAGUUUCUUCAAUUUUGUUACAUCUGGCACUUCUAUCUUCGCUGGUAUCGACUGCUAGAAGUGUCCGCUUAUCUCAUUUCUCUCAUCUUCAUGGUGAGCGAGAUCAAGUCUGAAGGAACCACAAUAACCAUACCCAAAGAUUCAAGGUGUUUCCUAUGGCGUAAUAGUGUUGGCGCAGCGGCGGUGUAUAUCUCGUGGACUAACUUGGUGCUCUUCAUGCGCAAGUUCCCCAAGCUCGGCAUAUAUGUGGUCAUGUUCACGCACAUCUUCAAGACGUUCGCACAGUUCUUCGUCGUCUUCUUUUUAUUUAUUAUUGGAUUUGGACUAGCUUUCCACAUACUAAUUUAUGAUCAGGGUCCUUUCGCCACUCCCGGCCGCUCGAUGCUGAAGACCACCAUGGGUAUGUUGGGAGAAUUCGAGUACGACACCGUCUACAACGACAACGAGGUGCCUCCCAUCGCGUGGGCGCUUUAUGUCUGCUUCCUUGUCAUCAACUGCAUCAUCCUCAUGAACCUGCUGGUGGGUCUAGCUGUUGAUGACAUUAAAGGGGUUCAGGAGAAAGCGGUCCUGAAAAGACUCGCCAUGCAGGUUGAUUUGGUUCUUGACGUUGAGAAGGCCUUGCCUGCCAUGCUACGCCGUCGUUUUGCCAGCAAGCAGGAGAUCGUCUACCCGAACAAGACUCGUUACUGGACCAUUUGGUCCUUCUGGAGCCGCAACACCAGUCCCGCCAGAGCCAUCAACGACGCAAUGAACCCCGAGAAGACCCCGAUAGAAAAGCUACAGAGAAACCAAGAGAUCUUAAAAGAUGAGGUUCUCAAUGUUAAACUUAAACUGAAGUCCGUACUUCAGCACACGACACAGCUGGAGGUCAUGAUGAAGGCCAUGAUGAAACAUCAUGGAGUAGACAUCGAGGAGGAGCAGGAGGGGGAGGACGACGAUUGAGACAGACUUGCACCCCCCUGAUAAUUGAACAUCAUCAAACAAUAUAUAGGAGGAGCAGGAGGGGGAGGGAGGACGAUUGAGACAGACUUGCACCCUCCUGAUAAUUAAACACUUAUUUAAACAAAGAACAGUAUAUAAGAGAUAUAAGAUAAUUGGGAAAUGGGAAUAUCUAUAUUUUAUAGGUUAUUACUAUUUGAUAAAUUCCGAAUCUCAGUACAUCCUUAACAUGUUUAUUGACUUUUUUGAUACCUUAUUUAUUUGCAUAUUUAGGCUUAAAUUAUUUACAAGUAUUAAGAUAACUAACAAAUGUAUAAAUACUGUUUUCCUUGUCUUUCUAUAUUGCUUUUAAAUUAUUCUCACGUUUUGAAUAACAAGAUUUUUUUAUUCAACUAUCAAAUGUGUAAAUACUUUUACAACAGUUUUCCUUCUCUUUCUGUAUUGCCAUUUCAUAUUAAAUGUGAAGUCACAUAUCUAGGAACACCUGUAUCCAAAGUUUACAAAGUUAUCUAAAGUAAGUGUUUAUACAUGGCAUUUGUACAUGUA